UUCUUUAUUUUUAAUCUAGAUAUAAUCGCCUUUGUAUUUUUUAGGGGUUCAUUUCCAUCUUUCACCUUCAAUUCUUGAAUUCUUUUCAAACAUAUUGGGAGGAUUUCUUGAAUAAGUUUCACACCGAUGGCAGAAGGGAAAGGAAAUGCAAAUGAAAUUGAACCGAGCUUCAACAUCGACUAUUUGAUGGAAUACUUGCCCGAUGAUGCCAUGGGUGCCACCGAUAUUGGAAUGGAGAAAGAGGGGGUGCGUGGGUCAUCAUCUAAUGUAAAUAAUCUAAAUCAAGAGAAUAAGUCAGUGAACUUGGAGAAGUAUCUAGUUGCUGAAACCCAGUCAGAUAUUGUGCCCCCCGUCAGCCAGAACUGGAAGCCUAUGGACUCUGCUUCAGAUAAAUCAAUUAAUUCACUAGCACAUAGUCUGCAACGAAGUACUUUUCCCAGCAUAUAUACAGAAUUUUCUCAGACUCAGACUUCAUGUAAUAUUAUCUCGCAAUCACACCAGCACCAGCAGUUGCAGGACCAAUUGAAUAAUAAGAAUGCACAGAGACCAAAUAUUCAGCCGUUGUCUGCACAAUUCAAUAUCUAUCAACAGCAGCAGCCUGUACAGAAACAACAGCAAAAGAAUGGAUAUCAUUUAGAUUCUUCAACAAUGAAGCAUCAUGAACAAUUCAAUGUCCUUAAGCAUCAAGGUCAAAUGACAUCAGAGAAAAGUUUGCAGCAGAUAUCUAAACCUAUGCAGAUGUGGCACUCAUUGGAAACACUGAGUGAUGCAGGGACUAAUGGUGUACCACCAAAUCCUAUGCUAGUUGAUCAGCAGAAGCCGGUAGAACAAUUACAAACUGCAUUUCUUGGGCUUUUGCAAGGUACAUUGAAAACUUCUAAAUGA